AGUAAAUGUCCUCAGUUCCAGUCCACCACUAACUGAUUAAUGAACUGAAUGUGUAUCUGUUGUUCCCCUCCUGACCUCCAGGUGGCGGCGUUCUUUCAUUUUAAACUUUAAUCUGAAAAACCCUGACUUGGAGGAAACCGGAAGUCUCGUUGCUUCACUGUGAUCUCGGGUUGGCAGCGGGACAGUUGUGUUCUUUAUUAGUGAGUUUUAAACAUAGACAGUAUAAGAACGGUUUUAAGAAGACAGAGCUCCAGGUAAACCCGCACACACUCACUCAGAAUCCAGAGUGAGUCCAGCAGCCCCAGUGGACAUCUGCUGGAUUUCAGGACAAGAGAGGAAUGGAGGAGGACAACCAGAACCAGGAGCAUCGGAGCAACAAGGUCCCCAGAAGACCAGCAGCAGACUGGGACUCUAAUACCAGCCAUGUUCAGAAACCGAGAGGAGGAGAGGUACCCGAACGUCACCACUGUCAACACUGUGACAAAUCCUUCACAAGAUCUGGAUAUUUAAAGAUUCAUCAGAGAGUUCACACUGGAGAGAAGCCUUACAGCUGUGAUCAAUGUGGUAAAACCUUUUCUGGGGGUGAUGACCUUAAAAAACACCAGCGUGUGCACACUGGAGAGAAGCCGUACUGGUGUGAACAAUGUGGGAAAACUUUUUCUGAAAGUGGGGCCCUUAAAAUCCAUCAACGCAUUCACACUGGAGAGAAGCCUUACAGCUGUGAUCUUUGUGGGAAAACUUUUACUCAUAGCAAUAGCCUUAAAUCUCACCGACGCGUUCACACUGGAGAGAAGCUGUACAGCUGUGGUCUAUGUGGUAAAACUUUGUCAUAGCGUGUACAAAAAACAACGUAACCCCAAGUACUAUAUUCUUCCACCUGAGAAUAUAGUUCCCAGUUUGUUUACGGUUAGAAGAUGGCUGUG